ACCGAAGUGGCUUGAGUGUGCUGCGGAGACGCAGGCCUUGACCACUAUUCCUGCUGAUAAGAGAGACCGCAAGCGGUGGUUUCGCUUUUAGUUUGUUUUGUCUCUUGCAGGCAGCACAGCGAUUCGGAAGCAACAAUUAAAACGUCCAGAAACGUCCUCACUCCCCCGAACAUUUGAAAUCUGACACAAGAGUGCCGACUGAUCGAGAUUUCCCCCAAACGAAUGCUAGUGUUUUAUUUUGCAUCUGUUCCUAGGCCCUAGCCGGAUUUUUAGAUUUGCGGAUCUGCGCCGCCCAGUCACUUAAAAGCCAGCCGAAUUACUCGCACCAGAUUAAACAAACAAAAACAGAAGCCGAGACCAGUUCCACACAUCGUGCCAUUUUUAUCUGGGCACAAGCAUUACGUGAUUACGUGAUUAGUGCGGUGGGGGCUGCGGUUUAUCAAUAGCAAGAGCAACAAUGGUUUCUUACUUCGUACCUCGUGGCCGCUUCCUGCUAAAGGCCGGCAAUCUCAGACAGGUGGUACAGCAGCAGCAUCAGCCGGCCCAGCUUCAGCUGCAAACCAUUAAAGGACCCCAGCCACAGGCUCAGAAUGCCAGUCUUCCAGUGGCCCGUCAUUUUCGACAGUUCUCCUCGAAUUCUGCCUCCAAAGAGGCACCCCUACACCACAGGCGACCACAGCAUAAACAGCAGUCCAAUCCCAGCCAGGAGUUGGCCCAGAUACGGCGCAAUAUACUCUCACGCUGGACGGGCUUCCUGUUACGCUGGGCUCCCAUGGGCAUCUGUGUAUUUGGCGCAAUUGAAUGGCAGCUGCAGAAGAGGCGCUGUAAGAAAGACGGUCAACCGCGGACCGCAUCCGAAUUACAGUCGCGGAUCUACUGCUCUCUGCCACUUCGCAUAAUUAGCCGCUGUUGGGGAUGGCUGGCCGCUUGCUACUUGCCACCUAGUCUGCGUCCUUAUGUAUACGGAUGGUAUUCCAAUACUUUCCACGUCAAUCUGAGUGAGGCCAUGUAUCCAGAAUAUGAUCACUACAACAGUCUAGCCGAAUUCUUUACAAGACCCCUAAAGGAGGGAGUUCGCAUUAUCAAUCAAGAGGCACCUCUAGUAUCUCCCGCCGACGGAAAAGUUCUGCAUUUUGGCAGCGCUUCGGAUUCACUAAUCGAGCAGGUGAAGGGUGUUAGCUACAGCAUCGAGGACUUCUUAGGUCCGUUAGAAACUGUGGAACAGGCCAAUUCCGGAGCCUCCUACGCCCAGGCACUAAAGAAGCAAAGUGAUGGUUCCACGGAGCUGUACCAGUGCGUGAUAUAUCUGGCCCCCGGAGAUUACCAUCGAUUCCACUCACCCACUGCUUGGAAGCCCACUAUUCGUCGCCAUUUUUCUGGCGAACUCCUGUCCGUAAGUCCGAAAGUGGCCGGCUGGCUGCCUGGUCUGUUCUGCCUCAACGAACGUGUACUCUACAUGGGACAAUGGAAGCACGGAUUCUUUUCUUACACCGCCGUGGGUGCCACUAACGUGGGGUCUGUCGAGAUCUACAUGGAUUCCGAACUAAAGACGAACCGUUGGACUGGAUUUAAUGUCGGCAAGCAUCCACCAAGUACCUACGAGUACGAUGAACUGGCCCUAAACAAGGAACCCACAGCUGCACCGAAGGAAUUUGGCAAGGGCGACCUGGUGGGUCAAUUCAAUAUGGGCAGCACAAUUGUCCUCCUGUUCGAGGCUCCCAAAAACUUUAAAUUCGACAUUGUUGCCGGCCAAAAGAUCCGUGUGGGUGAGUCACUUGGCCAUAUCGCGGGCGCCAAAUGAAAAGAGGAGCCCAAAUCAUGUACCUAAUAAGUGCAAAGUCCUGUCACCCAUCAGUUCACAUCACUCGUUGUAUUAGCAUUAGACGCUCGUGUCCUAGGCAAAUGUAUUUUGUGAACAUCCUGCGAAGCUAACUCUGUGUAUUUUUGCCAUUUAUGUAGUGAUAAGUAUAUUUUAUACAAAUAAACGUCGAAAUAUCUUUGAGAACAACAA